AAUCUUUGAAUUUCGUACAAAAUAUCGCUAUGCUAAAUUUCGACAAAUAGGCUUGAAAUCCCCUCCACCUCAUAACAUUAAAGUUUCAAAAGGAAGCGUGCACAUUGUAGCAUCACGUGGUUAUAUAGAAUUUCUUAUCAUGGAUCGCCGAUCACAGGAUUUUACUAAAUGGGUUCGGGAUACAAGAAACCCAGAUGAAACAUUAUUUUCAACAAUGAAUCACAACCCACAUCUGAGAGUACCUGGUUCUUUCAACGAAUGGCAUUAUAACAGAACACGAGAUGAAUAUAAUGGAAAAUAUGUAUUUAGUGCUAAAGCCUAUGAAAACAUGUCAGAAGUCCUUUUACGGAUACAAUAA